AUGCAGCGGCUCCCCGUCAUCCUCACUGCUGCACUGAGACAGACUCACAAGAUCCGCUGUGAUUCCUCCUGCGCUCAGAAUGGAGAUGUUGAAUAAUCGACUAAAAUAAGAAAAAGUCCUCGCAGAGAUCAAGAUGGUGUCGUGGAUCAUUUCGCGGAUGGUGGUCCUGGCCUUCGGGACCCUCUACCCAGCCUAUUCCUCUUAUAAGGCUGUGAAGACGAAAAACGUCAAGGAGUAUGUGAAAUGGAUGAUGUACUGGAUAGUGUUUGCGUUAUUUACAACAGCAGAGACCAUCACAGAUAUGCUUCUCUCUUGGUUUCCAUUUUAUUUUGAGCUGAAGAUUGCCUUUGUUAUCUGGCUUUUGUCACCGUACACCAAGGGCUCCAGUGUGCUGUACCGCAAGUUUGUGCACCCCACGCUCUCCAAUAAAGAAACGGAAAUUGAUGAGUACAUAACCCAGGCUAAAGACCGCAGUUAUGAGACCAUGAUGCGGUUCGGGAAGAGAGGACUCAAUAUUGCUGCCACUGCAGCAGUCACAGCAGCCACAAAGGGUCAGGGUGUGUUAUCAGAGAAGCUGCGCAGUUUCAGCAUGCAGGAUCUGACUCUGAUUCAGAACGAAGACGAGCUGCAGCUGGACGGCACAGACGACACACACACUGCCGCCACGCUACCUCGGGCUAAAACAGUCACGCGCACAGUUCGUGCCACACCCAUACCGGCUGACACUGAAUCACAGCACAUGUCUCGCUCUGAUGAACAGUCAGAUAGCAGGACGGAGCAUUCAGAUGAAGAUGCAGCAGAUAAGGCCCCAAAACGCACCCCAAGCGUCAGAGCAGCCAAGAAACCAGCCGCUGCCAAGACAGAGCAGACCACCAAGACAGUGAAGAAACCGACAAAGAAGAAAGCCACCACCACCACGGCCAACAACAAUGCUGAAUCCCCAUGAGUCACACUGCGUUUAUCCAUCCCUGGACAACACACACACAUUCACGUGCUUUCCCAUACUAACAUUAGUGCUCUUCGCUUUUACAGAUACGUUCUUACAACUGCAGAUACACACAUAAACUAAGAUGCAUCGCCUGAGGCUGUUUUUAUCUAGUAGGUUUAAUGCGGUGAAGAUGUUAAGACGUCUGGCUUCAUGCAUUCAUUUUCUCUGUUAUCACUCCCAUGCGUGUGUUUCAAGUAAGGCUGGGUCUUGUCUUUUUCUCUGUAGGCCUUAAUAUUUUCAAAAGCAUGAGAUCAGAAAGCAGUUGCCUGCACAUGAUCAUAUAUCAACACGUCUGAGCCCACUGUUUCAUAUAACCACAGA